AUGUUUUUUUGGGGAAGUUACAACUUUCAGACGCCGAAUCUCGUGGAACACGAGAAGAGGCCCGCGCUGCGAUAUCCGCUGUAUGUGCCCCCCACCCUCGCCAUGGUGGGCGACGGCGGCAGUCAUGUCCACAACGUUUAUGAAGCGGAUGAUGCGGAAGGCGAGAGGCUACGUCUUAUUGAUGCGCGGCGUAUCGUAGGAAAAUUACUGGCGUGCGGACAGAGGCAUCUGGUGGCGGUGUUGGCGUCUGUGGAACACAGCUACGAUGUGGCAGCGGGGGCUGCGAUGCCUUCACCAUUGGUGUCGUGUGCUCAAGACAACAUGAACUGGUUUGUCUACGGCAUGGGGAGCAACCACUGCGGGCAGUUGGGCCACCGGGUGCCGGAGUACACAACGACACUUACAAAGCUUCAUUUUGAGGAACUUUUGUCGGCGGGUAACACCGUCACUGGACUCGCCUGUGGCAAUAAACAUACAAUUAUUUGUACGUCUGCGGGCACUGUGUUUGCUGCUGGUGAUAAUAGCUUUGAUCAACUUGGUGUCACCGCGAAGGUGACUGGUUUUGCGCCGGUGGCGGGCCUUGCACACAUCACGGCAGUGUACGCAGCAGGAAAUGCAAGUUUCGCUUUGAGCAAUAAGGGCCAAUUGUACUCAUGGGGUGAGGCACAGUACGGCCAUUUAUGCCACGGCGAUGACGGGGCACGCAUGGAUGCACGCACGCUUCAAACGGUGAAGACGAAUGUGAAGAUCCCCGCUCUGGUGCAGUGGUUCGUGCGACACCAUGUCGUUAUUCUGGAAGUGGCAGCUGCUCGUGGACAUGUUGUCUGUCGCAGCUCGGACGAGGUCUACACCUGCGGUGAGGGCUCCUACGGCAAACUUGGCCUGGGUGGUUUAGCGUCUUCCUUCAUUCCGCAGCGUGUGCGUUUCCCUGAACGCUCCCACCCUGAGCGGCUCUGUGGCAUUGCGGCUGGCGACGACCACACACUUGUCUUGCGUGAAUCGUCUGCGGUGGGUGCGGUGGUGUAUCACUUUGGUAAGAUGGGCAACGGUGAUGGGCAGCUCACGCCAAUCAUCAUUGCGGCCCCGGCAACCAUCAACCGCAUCGGCGCAGGUCGCGGCACGAUGUCAACAGCGCUGACAAGCGAUGGCCUCCUCUACGUGUGGGGAAAGCAUUCCCACAAUAAGGUGAGCAACGGUACGAACGCUGAUGCCAAGCGCAACGACCCACAGAUGGUAACGGCGUUACGUUCCUUUUUCGUCACAGACGUCAUCAUUGGUGGGACAUUUGUGGUUGCUCUCGCAAAUUUCCAACGCGGAUUCAUUGAGGGGACGCAGACGGCACCGGAAAUGAAUGCAAUCAACGAGAGAAACAACUGCCAUAGACACACCUGGGACGUUGUGGUGCCACAGGACGCACGUGUUCGUGCACGUGACGCGGAAGUUGCAGAUUACACAUACGAAACCGCCGUGCAGGCAUUUCUUGCGCAGUACUUGGGACCAAAGCUGGGACCCAUGUACGUUGCAGAAAUGCCCGAGGCGCCACCCCUCACUGACCACAACGCCAACGCGUUUGUCCGCAUUGGGGCGCACGCGUUAACGACAGGGCAGAAGGUACGCCUGUGGAUGACGGACGUGUACGCACUGGGAACCGUCGUUGCAGUCCUCACGUCCCCACAGGCGGAAAGUAACAUCGACCCCAUCGCCAUGAGAAACGAGGAGGAAGAGGCAGGCAAAAGCAAGGAAAACUCGCCCGCCACGGAUGUCAAAAGGGAAACAAAAAAUAGCCCGGAAGCCCCAGUGGAAAAAAAGUACGGAUGCCGACUCCGCAUUGAAUGGCAACGAGAUGACUGGCACGAUGAAGUCAUCACACUUUAUUCGGAUGACGAAACGCUUGACACGCACAACCCCAAUCGAUGGCAGCCGUUGUGGUUUCUUCCCGACCCCGAAAACAGCGGCGACUUCCUUCUUGACAGGUAA